AUGCCCCGUGAAAAGCAAAAGAGAGGCCGUCGAGCGGAGCAAAAGGUUAAAGAUGAAUCGAAACGGAAAAUCGAUGGAGUGAAUGACGAACCCGUCGCGAAACGCAUGAAGCCCUCCGACGAAACCGAGCCAUACGAACAAAAUGCCGAUUACAUUCCCUUCGAGCCAGAAGCUGCGGAGGACGAGCAGGAUCAUGGGGGCUCCGGCGACAUGCCCUUUUAUGGUCUUCUCGAUGCCGAGGAGCAAGAGUACUUUUCACGCGCCAACGAAAUGCUCGAACUGAACCAGUUUCAGGACGCCGAAGAGAGAAGUUUAUUCGUCGACGGUGUAUACCAGGAAGCCAAUGGCAAGGAAUUGAAGAUCGCCUGUAGCCAAGGCUGCUCUCGGCUACUGGAGAAACUGCUCUCCAUGUCCGAUAUGCGGCAGAUCCGUCGGAUGUUCAGCAAGUUCCUCGGCCACUUCCUGCAUCUCGUGCAGCACCGGUUCGCCAGCCAUUGUUGUGAGACGCUUUUCAUUCACGCCGCUCCGGCCGUCAUGCAGAAGACACCGAAAUCCCACACUAAGAAAUCGACUGAUGACGACGGGGAGGCCGAGCCGGAUCUGUCGCUCGCGGACAUGUUCAUGGCGGUCCUAGAGGAAUUGGAAGGGAACUGGGGGUACUUGUUGACCGAACGAUUUGCGUCACAUACCAUCCGAGUACUUCUGCUUGUUCUCGCGGGUGAGCCGAUGGAUGUUUCAUCGACGGACUCGGUAAUCGCGAGUCGCAAAAAGGAACGACUGGGUGUCCCCGCAGCCGGCGCGCAGGAGGAAAAAUCCACCCAGCAAAAGCGCAGCGUCCCAGAGUCAUUCGAGCCCGCCUUGAAAAAGCUCAUGGGUGAUAUGGUUUCGGGACUCGACGACACGUAUCUCCGUGCUUUGGCUACGCACCCCGUGGGGAAUCCCGUGCUCCAGGUGAUGUUGUUCCUGGAGCUCUCACACUUCGGCAAAUCCAGCGCUAAAGAUCCGAAAUCGAUUCUGCGGAGGCUGGUUCCCGAUGAGUCGCUGGAGGAGGGCACUGAAAGCGCAACUUUUAUCCGUGGCCUGCUCUACGACCCGAUCGGUUCACGCUUGUUGGAGACUAUGGUGCGCUACAUGCCCGGGAAAGCGUUCAAAAACCUGUACAAGAACAACAUCCGCGAUCGAAUCGGAUCUCUUUCCCGGAACAGUACUGCAGGUUACGUGGUUUUGCGAACACUGGAGCGACUAGGAAAGGACGAUUUGCAGAAUGCCAUGGACCUUAUCAUCCCCGAAGUUCCGGGGCUAAUUGAGAGGUCACGGCUCAUUGUGCCCAAAACGUUGAUUGAGCGGUGCAUGGCUCGUGGCGUCGACACGAGGCCUCUUGCCCAGGCACUGAAGGGGGCUUAUGACGAGGACCCCAUUAUUCGGUUACAGCAGAUGCUCAAACUGAACGGAUCGUCGGGGGAACCUGCACCAGAAACCGAGAACCAGGAUAAGCAGAACGAACAGGAUGAGGGUGAGAGCGAGAAGAAGGAGCGCAAGCAGAAAGCGCCGGCCGGUAGUGCCUCUGCAUCUGCAGCGGAGAAACUACAUAGCUCUCUGCUGGUGCAGGCGAUGCUUACGGUACCGGGCCCACUCAGCGAACUCGUGUACAGCAGCCUCCUCGCACAAACAUCCGACACAAUUCUCGGCCUCGCCCGAGAAUCCACGACAUCUCGCGUGCUACAACAGGCGCUGACUUCUUCGACCUCCACACCCCAAAUUCGGCGACAACUCACAACCCGAUUCCAAGGCCACCUCAAAGAGCUCGCGCUGGACAACAGCGGGUCCCACGUGGUCGAUGCGCUUUGGUCAGCUACUAAGGACAUUUUCUUCGUCAAGGAGCGAAUGGCACAGGAACUGGCGCAGGACGAGAUGGUUCUCCGCGACUCCUUUGUGGGACGGGCUGUCUGGAGGAAUUGGUCGAUGGAUCUGUUCAAACGGCGCCGGGGCGAGUGGUCUGCUCGUGCCAAGGGCAUCGAUCGCCAACUGCAGGCGGACGGCGGAGAACGACCUAAAUCGAAGAUUGAACUGGCACGGGCCCGGUUUGCUGCUAAGGAGAGUGAAUCGGGGAAGCAGCCGGUUAAAUCUUGA